GGCCGCGACCGCCCCGACCGUCCGCGACCUCGAGCUCGCCGCCGUCGAACUCGGCCCGACCCCCGACGACCCGCUUCCAUUACCGCCGCCCGACUUUGUCCCGCGCGCCAUCCUUCCGCCGCGGCAUCGGAACCGCAUGGAGGAGCUCUACCGCGAGCUCCUGCCCAACAUGUCGCGCUACGUCAUCAUUCUGCUCAAGAUUGUCCUCGCUGCCGCGCCGACGGUUAAGAACUACGCCGGCACCAUCUGCCUCACCUCGGAGCUCGCGCCUGUGGCGCCUGGCGCCGCCGGGGCGCCUCGCUCAUGCAGUCGGCCACGGCGAGCAUGGAUCUCACCCGCCACAAGGAAAUUGUGGUCAAGGCAGUCUCGUUCGUCUUCAAGCUCCUCCUUGACCACGCCGCCGUCUCGCAUACCUACCAGUUUGAGUACAUGGCCUUGCUCCUUGUCGACGCCAACUGCAUCCUUCUUCUCCUUAAGUUCCUCAACCAGGACGUCAACGAGUUUAUCACCACCCGCAACGACCUGCCGGACCUCGAGGCCUUUGCACCGCUCAAUCCGCCGGUCGACGACCCGGACACUGCUGCCGCCGCCGCUCAGCCCGGCACCGUCUCAUGGCGAAACUUUGCCUCGUCGCUCAACUUUAUCACCAUGCUCUCCAUGCUCACCCGCAACAACCCGGUCCGCAUUCGCCAACUUGUCCGCUACAAAGCGCCUGCUAUCCUCAAGCGCAUCCUCAAGAUCCUCCACCAGCCGACAAAGAUCCUCACCCUCGCCCUCCUCAAGCGCCAGCUCAAGUUCCUCGGCAAAAAGUGGCGCUCGUCCAAUACCAAGAUCAUCACCAUGAUCUACCUCCUUCUCCCGCCUGACCUCGACACCUCGUGGCUCUACCCCGACGCCGGCAUCGCCACCACCGGCAUCGCCCUCGCCGCGCCCUGGACCCUCUCGGUUGGCAUGCAGUCGUCCGACGUUGUCGCCGCAGCUGCAGCCGCAGCCGCAGCCGUCCAAGAUUCCGACAACGCCACAGAUGCGUCAACCCCGUUUGGCAUGGGCAUCCUCGCCCCGCAGGGUCUGACUCCUGCCGAACAAGCCGCCGCAGAUCAGGACCGCGACUUUCUCCUCCGCAAGGCCAUCGCCGUCUUCAACCAGCGCAACUACCACGAGUUUGACCGCUUCCAUAACCCCACUCCCUCGCCGCUUCAUGCCCACUAUGUCCACGCCCAUGACGGCCGCCUCCGCACCAACUCGGAGCUCGAAUCGCUCUACUUUGAGCCCACAUCCUUUGCCGCCUCCUACACCCACUGGCUCGACUCGGAAGUCUUCCCCGACGUCGAGGACGUUGAUGACGAUACCCUGCUGGACUCGAUGCGGCCUGCGGGCUAUGUUGACGAGGUUGAUCUCCCGGGUCGCACCUCUGAGUAGUCCCCCCCCUCCUCCUCCUGUUGUCGCCGCCCAAGGCCCGCCAGCACCUGGAUCCGAUCCCUCUCUCCCUCCCUCGCCUGCAGCCGCACGAAAGCCGCGCAACAUCGUUACAAUAGCCUCGCAACAACCCACUCACUGCCUCAC